AUGGUGGGCAAGGGCGAGAGGCAACCGGCAUUUAAUGCGGACAUGUUUGUAUUAACUGCUAGUACUUUAAUAGCAGAAAAGAAAACCAGAAGAAUAAACGGUUCCGGUUUGAGGGAGGACUCGGAGAUGAAGCCUUCAAUGCUCCGACAAUUGCAAGAAAACAGGCUCAGGGAAGCUCUGGAGGAAGCAUCCAAAGAUGGGUCGCUUACUAAAUCCCAAGGCAUUGAUCAUUCGUCUUUGAACCAAGAAGGGAGCAUUGGAAGGUCGAGGUCAUUGGCUAGGCUCCGUGCCCAAAAUGAAUUCUUGAACGCCACUUCACUUUUUGCAGACCGUACGGUUUGUGCGCAAGACUCCGUUCCUGGCCUCCAUGAUGCAUUUUCCAAGUUCCUCACUGUGUACCCCAAGUUUCAAGCAACCGAUAAGGUUGACCAUUUGAGAGAGGAGGAAUACGGCCACUUGUCUGAAUCUUCUACAAAGGUAUGCCUUGAUUACUGUGGUUUUGGGUUGUUCUCUUAUACUCAAACUCAAGAGAACUGGGAUACAACGAUAUUUAAUUUGUCUGAAGUAACUGCUAAUUUUAGUAAUCAUGCUCUUUAUGGAGGUGCCACCAAUAAGAAACUGUUGACGAUGUUUGAUCACGAGAGUCAGUCGGUGAUUUGGAUGGCUCAGUGCGCUAAAGAGAAAGGCGCUAAGGUUUACAAUGCCUGGUUCAAAUGGCCUUCCUUGAAACUAUGCUCUAGGGAGCUGAGGAAGCAGAUUUCGAACAAGAAAAAGAGGAAGAAAGGCCACGCGAAUGGCCUUUUUGUGUUUUCAGUUCAGUCUAGAGUGACUGGGGCAAAGUAUUCUUACCAGUGGAUGGCCCUUGCCCAACAAAACCAUUGGCAUACAUUGCUUGAUGCAGGGUCAUUAGAAAUCUUUGAUGUCAAGCUUGCAAAUUCCAUAUGGAUAUACGGGUCUGGAAUGGUGAAGAUCCUCCCUGUUUAUCCACAGUACUCGAGUGAUUCUGUUGAUGGACUUGAUGUUUUAGUUGGACUUGAGGAUGAAACAGCUGAACACAAUAAAGAAUCAUUGCCUGAGAGAAACGGUGGGUCACAAAUGCCUGCCUUUUCAGGUGUUUUCACUUCCAAUCAGGUCAGGGAUGUGUUUGAAACAGAGAUGGAUCAUGAUAAUAGCUCGGAAAGGGAUGGAGCAAGCACCAUUUUUGAGGAAGAUGAGAACCUUUCAGUUGGUGAUCUCAUGAGAAGCCCGGUUUUCAGUGAAGAUGAAUCAUUGGACAAUUCGUACUGGAUUGAUUUGGGGCAGAGUCCAUUUGGGUCCGAUAAAUCUGGCCAACUAAUCAGACCAAAUCCAGACUCAAACUUACUGCCAUCAUUGUUUUCUAGGAAGAGAAACAAUAAGCGGCUGUCUCCAAAAGUGACUUCAAAAAUAUCUGAGUCCACUGUAUUGUCUGUGUCCCAUGAUUUGGACCAAAUUAAGAAGAUCCCUAAAGAAGAACCUACUGAAUUGGACCCUGGUUUAGGAGAUGUUGGGAGGUAUAAAAAUUCCAAGUAUGUUGGGGAGAUACAAGAAGAUUCUGACUUGGAAUGCUUGAGUUCCGAGGUAAAUGGAUUCAAACCGAAGAAUGGAAUGCUUGAGAAUACCUUUGCCUCUGAAGUUUACGAAGGAAAAAAAGCAAGUGCUAUCAGGAGAGAGACAGAGGGUGAGUUUAGACUGCUGGGAAGGAGAGAAGGGAGCAGGUUUGCCAAUGGUAGAUUUUUCGGUUUGAAUGGGGAAGACCGAGUGGCAAGUAUGGAUCGCAGAGUUGGAGCUGGUGAAAUAUCAUUGACUACCUUGCCUGAUGAUGAAUCCUUACUUGAUGAAGUGUAUGAUGAUGAUGAUGAUAUUCUAGAGUGCAGUAGAAGGGAACCUGAGAUAAUCUGCCAUCACCUUGAUCAUGUGAAUAUGUUGGGUCUAAACAAAACUACCCUUAGACUGCGAUACCUGAUCAAUUGGCUAGUUACCUCAUUACUUCAACUUCGGUUACCAAGUUCAGAUGAAAGCAAGGGAGUCCAUCUUGUGCAAACAUAUGGUCCGAAGAUCAAAUACGAAAGAGGUGCUGCUGUAGCCUUUAAUGUGCGGGACAACAAUGGUGGACGGCUAAUUGACCCAGAAGUCGUUCAGCAGCUAGCUGAGAAGAGUGGUAUUUCUCUUGGCAUCGGUAUACUCAGUCAUGUACAAGUUGUGGACGAUGUGAAGCAGCAGUGCAAAGAACUUGAGCUUGAAGAUUCAGCCCUGUGUCAACCAAUGGCUAAUGGCUGCAAAGAUGGCAAAAACUUAAUUUUUCGAGUCAAAGUAAUUACAGCAUCACUUGGUUUCCUAACCAACUUCGAAGAUGUUUACAAGACAUGGGCUUUUGUAGCCAAGUUUCUUAGUCCAUCAUUUAUCAAAGACAAUGAUUUAUCCACAAUAUCUGAAGGUCAUUAA